AGAUUGGGUUUGCAUGCCGGACUCCCUCUCAGGUUGUCAUAAGUCUUCCGUGUCAGCUCACGUUGCAUUUUUGAGACUUCAAAAUGACUGAAACCACCGGAAUGUGAUGUAUACGUCACUUCAGUUGUGGAGUCUUCGUGGCAUUGGUGCUUUACAAAAGUCAGGUCAAGGAAUGACUCCGAUUUGUGACAAAGGCUUUCCGGCUGCUCUGCUUUUGACUUGCGUAGUUUGAUGUUACACAACAACCGUGUUGAACCGAUUCAACGGGCUAUGAAGACAUUGUGAAACCAUCUCGAUUCAAAUGCGACGGAAUGUUUGUGCCCCUCGUGAGAUAUGACCUUGCACGUGUCUUGCGAAUGGGUAAUGAUCUUACAGGGAACAUUUGGCACGCGUACACAACUGGGAAUUUUGCAUGAACUUCUUUAGCAAAUUGUCUAGAGGAGUGGAACAUAGCUCUAGCACAGUGACUGCCACAAUCUGCCUAUGAGAUCGCCAGUUUUGUUGUGAGGUAGUAGAAAAGCGUUUUGCGAUUGCUGGUGUCUGAGUUUCUCGACAUAGCGGCGAUGGCGAUGGCGAUGGCGCCCUGCAUCACCUCAAACCAUCCACUUUCGACACGACAGGAUUUUCACUAUAGAAGCUCGAAUAUGCAAGUAUUUUCACGUGAAUCUCUAAGCGCAACUUCGUCAUCCCAGUCCAUGCAACUAUUUAGACUCUCCUCGAACAAGAAUCCUGUUGCAGUAAUUCGGAACUCACGCGUUCAAUCUAGUGCUCAUCAUCCCCGCCCAAUUGCACCAAUGUUUCGGGGGAAGGAUUUGGCUCCUACUCAAAUUUCGGGGAAAACUUGGAAGGAUGCAGGGACGACCCGAUGUCAAGUGGCGUCCACAGAAAUUGAUUUUAGUUUUUUUGAACGAGAGAAAUCGGAGUGGCUGACGUUUCUAUCUUCGGAGAGGGCCAAAGUGGUCGCCAUGGUGGCCUUGGCAAUGGCAUUGUGCAACGCAGACCGAGUCGUCAUGUCCGUGGCGAUUGUACCCAUGUCAGCUGCCCAUGGUUGGAGCCAAAGCUUCGCUGGCGUUGUACAAUCAUCUUUCCUGUGGGGAUAUUUGCUGUCGCCAAUCCCCGGAGGAGCGCUUGCCGACCGCUAUGGAGGAAAAGCCGUUAUGGCUUGGGGAGUGGCCAUCUGGUCUCUUGCCACACUUUUGACUCCCUGGGCCGCCAGCCAUUCUCUCUCGGCGUUGCUGGCUGUCCGUGUGCUCAUGGGCCUUGCAGAGGGUGUGACGAUGCCUUGCAUGAACAACAUGAUUUCCAGGUGGUUUCCUCGAACAGAGAGGUCAAGAGCAGUGGGCAUGACGAUGGCAGGCUUUCAUCUGGGGAGCGUGGCGGGGCUCGUCAUUACACCCACGCUCCUGGCAACUUCCUCUGGCAUCAAUGCACCGUUCGUUGCUUUCGGAGUGUCGGGCUUUGUUUGGUUGUUUGUAUGGCUUGCUGAAAUUGCCCGGAAUCCUCAAAGUCAGCCCAGGAUUUCUAGAGAGGAGUACCAGUACAUCAAACAAGGAAACGAAGAUCUGAGUGUUGGAACAGUCGAAAGCUCAUCUGCGAUCCCUCCGCGCAGCGCAAUUCCACCAUUUCGUCUUCUCCUUUCAAAGCUUCCAACAUGGGCUAUCAUAAUCGCCAACUUUAUGAACAACUGGGGCUACUUCAUUCUUCUGGGGUGGAUGCCAGUGUAUUUUAACACGGUACUUGGAGUGAACUUGAAAGAUGCAGCGUGGUUCAGUGCUGUGCCAUGGGCCAUGAUGGCAGCAGUUGGCUUUAUAGCUGGCGCCAGUUCCGACUUCCUUGUGCAAUCCGGCGUCUCUUUAACCACCACGCGCAAACUCAUGCAGUCCAUUGGGUUCCUGGGCCCCGCAGCGGCGCUUCUGGGGCUGAACGCUGUGCGUGAUCCCAUGGUGGCCGCCGCGUGGCUCACAGCAGCUGUGGGCUUGAGUUCCUUCAGCCAAGCAGGAUUCCUCGUCAAUUACCAGGAGAUAGGGCCCAAGUAUGCAGGCGUUCUGCACGGUAUGUCUAAUACAGCAGGCACAAUGGCAGCUAUUAUCAGCACCUUGGGUACCGGCCUGUUCAUCGAACGCCUGGGGUCUUUUCAGUCGUUUCUAACCCUCACUUCAGUAAUGUACAUUGCUAGCACAUUGUUUUGGGUCUUCAAUGCAACGGGUGAGCGCGUCUUCCAGUAGGAAAUGAAAGAGCAAGAAUCAUACAUUCCUCCACCCAGUUCGAGCUAAAGUCAGAGUAGGUCUAUUCACUGACGAUAUCCCCAUUCACAGAGAGGUGGGCUGGUCCGUCAAGAAGGAUUUCGAUCCACAGUAGUUCCAUUCAUCGAGAGCCGAUUAUGCGAGAACAUCGCAAGCAUAGAAGGUUGCAUAUACACUUCGUUAAGGAGAUUGAGAAUUGAUUGUUUACUCCGAAAACUUCAUUAGGGGGAGGCAUGUAACCUCCCCAGUUGGUGAGAAAGCAUCACGCCAUUGACAUAGAGCAAUGGAAAACAGGGAGGUUGUGUUGCACACCACUCCCUGUGUGCUUUCUAUUUGUUGCUUCACAGCAUUUGACGCUGCGGUGCCACCCGUUGCAUAUUGCCGCACGAAUUUGAAGGUAUCAAGCAAUAUGAAGAUUCGAAUUUAGAUUUUCUUUCUAUACUUAAAGUUCAAA